ACCGGAUCGAGCUAAUCGGACAUAAUUAGUCCCGCCGUUUUGUGCGGCGCCGUUCACUCGUGUCCGGCCGUUCAUGGGUGUGCCGAAGUUCGCAUGCGACGCUAACCGGAGCGUGCACACACCGUGCCCGUAAACGCAGAAUCGGCGAUGCCGGCCCCCUUCGCGCCGCGCGGCCCAUCCACCCUCGCAGCCCCCUCCCGGCGAUGGCUCAUUACUCCUGGCUCUUCGUAUCCGCUCGGAUUGAACGAGGCGGCGCGAUUACUCGAUCUACCGUUGCGAUCUCCGGAGCACUCUCUACGGUCUCCGCACCAGUCUCGUCUCUCGGAUCAAACUGUGCGUCGUUCCGUCGACACCGAACGACACCGGACACUCAGGACGGACACCUGGUGGCACCCCCGACGUCGCCCGUGGUGUUAACGACCUGUCGGAUCGCGACACGUCGACGAGGCGUCGAUGAGCGUCGCUGAUUGAUCUCGAUCCCGACGGUUAAAGUUCGAGCGGUAAAGGUGAAUCGCUAAGUGUAUAGUCGAAAUAAAAACAAACGAAAAAGAAAAAAAAAACAAGAGAAAAAAGCGAAACGGAAUAAUAACCGGCGUCCGGAGGGAAAAUUCCGGGGACCAUUCGGAGGUCGGCACGGCGGCGGAGGAAGGGCGAGGGAGAGAGGCCGCGAGGAUGGUCGAAACCUACGUCGUUCGCACGCGUCACUCUGACGCGUGCUGAUCGGGCCCGAAGGUGGUGGCUGGUGUUCGAUGAGUGCGGGUGAUGACAGAUGUGUUGUCGGUCGUCGUCGCGAUCUGAGUAAAGUGCGAGAGAAAAGAAGAAGAGGAAGAAGAACAGGAGGAAGGAAGAAACGCGGAGAUCGGAGAGCAAAGAUGAGCAGCGUCGAAAAUUUCUACAAACUGCUGGCGGUCCUCCUCUGCUACGAAGUAUGCAGCUACGGCUUGAUGCUGGAGGAGGAUAAGGAACCGAAUUAUCUUACCGCGGGGGUGGGAGAGUACGUGGUGUUUAAUUGCGAUCUUGACUUUCCACACGAGACGCCGAUUCCGUAUAUCCUCCAAUGGAAUCGCGACAGCCGCACGGUGUUUUCGUGGUACGACGGGCGUGUGUCGCUGGAGGACGACUACAAGGGUCGCAUACACUUGUUGGACAAUAUCGGCCAUCGUGGAUACGGCCAGGGUAGUAUAAAUCUCACGAAUAUUCGCGAGAGCGACCAGGGCUGGUACGAAUGUAGGGUGAUUUUCCCUAACAGAACGCCGAACUCCAGAAAUAAUGGCACGUGGUUCCACCUCGCCAUUGAUGGUGUGUCGCCGUUUCCGACGACUGUUGCAGGUGAUACUCUACUAGCGAUACCACCUGUCAACAAAACUGCCAUGGAGGGCGAAGCCGUCGAUUUCGAUUGCGUAGCUAAAGGCGAGCACACGGUAGUGACUUGGUUACGCGAGAAGACACCUAUUCCGGAUAUACAGGAUCUCAGAAGACGAGCGUCUAUCGGUAGCGAUGGGACGUUAACCAUAAAUUCAGCUGCCAUGAGUGACCUCGGAGAAUACACUUGCAUGGUGACAGGAGAGAACGGAGACCAGCAGAGUGCCUCGGCCUUUCUAAAUGUUCAAUAUAAGGCGAAAGUGAUUUACGCGCCAAGGGAGGUCUAUUUACCGUACGGCAAACCGGCCCUCCUGGACUGCCACUUCAGGGCGAAUCCGCCGCUGACGAACCUACGUUGGGAGAAGGACGGAUUUCUCUUCGAUCCUUACAACGUGCAGGGGGUUUUCUACAGGAGAAACGGAUCUCUCUACUUCAGCAAAGUGGACGAGACACACUCGGGAAGCUACAGUUGCACCCCUUACAACGAGCUGGGCACCGAAGGACCCAGCCCUUCGAUCACCGUAAUAGUUCAAAGGCCGCCGGUAUUCACGAUAACACCGCAGCACUUGUACAUGCGAAAACUGGGCGAGAGCCUGGAGAUCCCGUGCGACGCCAGAGAUGGCGACGACGCGCAUCGACCGAGCAUCGUGUGGUACAAAGACGGGUCGCCCCUGCCGCCCGAAAGGACCAUCAUGAUCGGCGGCAAUCUCACGAUAGAGAGGAUCCAGGAACACGAUCGGGGGUUGUACCAAUGCGCGGCCAGCAACGAGGCGGCGACGGUGGUCGCGGACGCCGAACUGAUGGUGCUGAACGUCCCGCCGCGGGCGCCGUACAACCUCAGCGCCAACAGCAGCAAGAACGCCGUCACCCUGACUUGGAUACCCGGAUACGUGCGACCCAAGAUGGAGUACUCAGUAUGGUACAGACCCACGGACACGUCCGAGUGGAGGACCAUGAAGAUCCUCUCGAGGAAGAUCACGGAGGCGACGGUGAAUAAUCUCCAUCCGGGGCGAGAGUACGAAUUCAUGGUUCUGAGCCAAGACAAGCACGGCGACGGGAUGUUCAGCAAGGCGUUGCGAAUAUUUACCCAGCCGACUUCCAUCGAUGAGAACUCGGCGUCGGAAUACCGCAGCCCGCAGGAAGAGAUCGUGGGACCGCCGCUGAACGUGAGAGUCCAAGCAACGGUGGAGGGCUACUUGGUGACUUGGGAACCACCCGAGUACGGCAAGGGUCAGGUCAGGCUCUACACGGUGAGAUGGUUCAGAGGACCGUCGGAACAUUUGUACGGGAGAGCGGAAACGACGGACACUUAUUAUUUAGUGAAAACUCUGGAGGAGGAGAGCUAUUAUACUUUCGAGGUGGCCGCGAUAUCCCUCACUGACGACGUUGCGACGAGCGAGAGGGUCGGUUUGGAAGUGCCCGCGUAUCGUCGCAAUCGUGCGAUCUCCAUGGGGAUCGUCGCCGGUAUAGGUUUUCUAGCGGCAGCACUGGCCGCUGUGUGGUGGGCGAGGAAGCGAUUCUGCCAGCCGACUAACGAGAAGUAACCGAGGAAGAGUAUAUCGGAAAUAUGUGUGCGUACUCAACUAGAGAGAGAGAGAGAGAGAGAAAUAGAGAGGGAGAGAGAGAAGAUAGCUAGUCGCACGAGCCAUAAUUGAUUAUAAAUAUUUAUGUAUCGCUCGUACGAUUAGCAGCACGGAUCAUUCCAGUGAUCAAGUUAAUAUCACAUUUAUAAAAAGAAAAACAGAAAAAGAUCGGAAGAUAGGCUUGUGGUAUGAGGAAGUUUUGAGAGAUGACGAAAUGCAUAUUUUCGAAAUUUCGAGCGUGAAGGAAUAAGAAAAAAAAGAAAAAAAAAAGAGAUAUUUAUCAUGCAGAGAGAAUAAUGUCAGGGGUGCCGCGCAAAGUAUAAGACGACGAUGAUGCGGCGGGAUUAACGUAUUAGGGACCGUGGGCUCUUGGCCUGCUCUACCCCAUAAGCGAUCUUAUUUACCGAAAUCUCUAAUUUAAGUUACUACCGAGUGUUCUUGCAUUGCUAAUUAUAUCCCAGUAAGCUAGGAAUCAUUAACGCAACAAUGAUGUUAUUACAAUGAUAUUUCAUAAUAUGUAACGUUUUCGAAUAUGUAGUUUUUAAUGUUGCAUACAACGUCAUUGUUAACAAUAUUUGAUCGAAACAUGAAAAAUAAUGUUUCCGCGCUAUGAGUUUAGCGUUAUUUUAAUAUUUAAGAAAUUCAUAUUAUCAAGUGACAGUUUAAACACAUUUGUAAGAUAUCACGUCAAAAUGUGAACAAAAUCCACAUAAAAUCAAUGUUUCAAGAGAUUGAUUUGACGUUUCUUGCUUACCGGGAUCGUACUCUAUGUGUCGUUUAACGGCUUUAUUAUAGGUAAUUGCACAUUAUGAAUGGCUAGACCUCAUAUUACGCGAAUUACAGGCUCGUCGACCGUCGAACGCGUCAAAUAUAUCGAGAGGAUCGUGCGUGUGCUUACAGAUUACACGCGUCUCUUGUGUCUCAUUUUCUAUUGUAAAUAAAUUAUACUGUACGCGUCGCUAUGCACGAGCAUCUUCUCUCAUUCUUUACCAGUACUUGUAUACUUGAUUUUAUUGGACCGCAACGCAUUGUCACGUAUACCUGUACAUCGCGCAUAGUUGCAAUUAACAAUAAAGAGAAGCGAGGAGGUACACAUU